AUGCACACGCAGGCAUACCUCGACAGAACGCCUAAAGAUCAUGCAGGUCGAGUAGAAAAACUAUAUGACCUUGGAAUGAGUUAUCACAAGAGAUAUUGCAGAAUAGGAGAUAUAGAAGACCUAGAGACUUCUAUCCAGCGAUGGCAGGAAGCUUUGAAUAUAUUACCAGAUGAACACCCAGACCAGGCAGAUCUGCUUUCUAUUCUUGGUAUCGGAUAUCAGGAUCGAUACAAAAGAAUGAGUACAAGAGCAGACCUAGAUAUGGCCAUCCAGAAAUACAAGGAAGCUCUUGAUAACACAUCACCAAAUCAUCCAUACCGGGCAAAGCCAUUCGACGGUCUUGGAGAAGGAUAUCACGCUAGAUACAACACAACAGGAGCGAUGGUAGACUUAGAUAUAGCCAUUCAAUACUAUCAAAAUGCUCUCGAUGCAACACCCAAAGGCAAUCAAAAGAGUAACGCCCAAUCGAAUCGCACUUAUCGACUUGGAACUGGGUAUCUUAAGGUAGCUAUCCACUACUGCCAGAAAGCUAUCGAUAUAACGCCAAAAGAUCAUCCGAGCCAAGAACUUCAAUUUCAUACUCUUGGAAGGCUAUAUCACGAUAAAUACAACAAAACGAAAGUCCUGGCCGACCUAGAGAUAGCCAUCCAGCAAUACCAGAAAGCCUUUGAUAUAGUACCAGAAAACAGUCCACACUGUGCGAGUCGACACUGUAGUUUUGGCUUUGGAUACAGACAAAGAUAUGAAAAAACAGGAAUAGCAGCGGAUCUAGAAAAAGCUAUCCAACAAUUCCAGAAAGGCCUCGACCAUUCCUUAUCUCCUCCUCUUGAUCGGCUAAAAUCUUCCAAAGUCUUAUUCACAUUCUACAUCGAGGCCAAAAACUGGAAAUCAGCCUACCAAGCUGCGUCUGCUGCAGUAUCUUUAAUACCUCUACUUACAUCACACUCCCUCGAGAUUUCCGAUAAACAGUAUUUACUUACAAAUGUUGCUGGCUUGGCUUCCGAUGCUGCAGCAAUUGCCUUGAUGGCUGACAGAACUAUAUAUGAGGCAAUUCAGCUUCUUGAACUUGGCCGUGGUAUUAUUGUGGGUUCCGCAAGCGACUUGCGCGCUGAUAUAUCCCAUCUUCAUCAGAAAGAUCAGCAGUUAGCAGAAAGGUUUAUUGAGCUCCGGGAUCACCUGAAUAACUCGACGCGUCAGACGCAUCAAAUCAAUCAUCACCAGCUUCCAACAGGGCUAACAGGCCCAGCCGACCAGCGCUACAGUACAGCCCGAGAACUGGAGCAAACAAUCCGCGCAAUCCGGGCGCUGCCUGACUUUGAUCGAUUUCUCCUAACCCCUUCCGAGGACGAGCUGAAGCUUGCUGCAGUCUCGGGGCCGAUCGUCUUCAUUAAUGUGAGCGAUUACCGCUGCGAUGCGUUGAUUAUCGAGAAGCAUAAGCUCCAGGCCUUGCUAUUGCCUCACCUACACAGCAACGACGUUCGGGCUCGAGCAACAACCCUUGGAAAUCUAGAUGAGCUAGACAUGUCGCUGCUGGAAUGGCUCUGGAAUACAAUUGCCGAGCCGGUUCUUAAUACUCUGGGAUUCAUCGAAAUAUUCGGUGAUAGUUGGCCUCGAAUUUGGUGGAUUCCUACUGGGCCUCUCACAAAGUUUCCUAUCCACGCAGCAGGAUCCCGAAAUUCCUCUGUCCUUGAUCGGGUAACCUCAUCUUAUAGUGCCUCUAUCCGAGCACUCGUACAAAGCCGCCAGAGGCGUUCCAAGGCAAAGGUUGUGCCGGAAGAAGGGAAGGCUGUUUUCGUCGGCAUGGAAAGGACGCCGGGUUGUAAACGUCUUCCAGGUGUGCCCAAAGAGAUCGAAAUGUUGAGCAGGCUAUGUGGGUCUACUAAGUUUCAAGUAACAAGACCACAGACUCACCGAAGCGAUGUCAUCUCAGCGUUGCAGGACUGCCGAAUCUUCCACUUUGCCGGCCAUGGGCUGACGGACCAGGAGAAUCCAUCCAACAGCUCUCUAAUCCUUAGCGACGGACUGCUCGCUGUAGCGAGUCUGUUUGAGCUUAACCUACACAAUCAUGCACCAUUCCUUGCCUACCUCUCGGCCUGUGGGACAGGGGAAAUAAAGCAGGACAGUCUUACCGAUGAGGCGCUUCACCUGAUCAGCGCGUGCCAGUUCGCCGGCUUCCAGCAUGUCAUCGGCACGCUGUGGAAGGUAAAUGACGAGACGUGUAUCGAGACGGCGGCCAAGACAUAUGAGUGGAUGAUAAGAGAGAACAUGAGUGACAAUUCUGUGGCGGAAGGUCUUCACAAGGCCAGCCGGCAGCUUCGUGCCCAGUGGUUGUCAGAAAGUGCAGCCCGCACAGCAGCGCGGGUAUCAGAGCGCAUGGCAGGCACCUACAACGAAGACGGCCCCCCGACAACCGAACAAGCACGGUCCAGUCAAGGGACAGCGAGAGACCCUCGAACGGCCGAGCUAUACGAGGAUCCACCGCUCUACUGGGUCCCAUAUGUUCAUUUCGGAAUUUAG